AUGAUGAAUUUGAUUGGGCUCAGUGAGAUGGACAGUAUAGGUGACUAUUAUACUUGGAGUAAUAAACAGUCUACUGGUACUAUCUACUCUAGAAUUGAUAAAGUGUUAGGGAAUGUUGCUUGGUUUCAAAAUAAUCAUUAUAAGCAGCUGAAAAUUCUUCCUCCUAGUGUUUCUGACCAUGCUAUGUUGUGUGUGGAAGAAAAGGUUCAGAUAAAGGCAAAUAACAGGAGGUUUAAGUUUUACAAUUGUAUUAUGGAUAUGAUUGGCUUUGAGGAUAUUGUGAGGGCUAGCUGGAAUAAACCUAUAGGGAGAAUUCUAAUGUAUAUUCUAUGGCAGAAACUCCAAAGGCUCAAGCCUGAUCUGGUUAAAUUUGACAAGUCCAUGUCUAAUGUUAAACAACAGGUUGAGAAAUCUAGAUUGGAUCUAGAGAAAGCUCAAAAUGACCUUUUACAGAAUAGAAUGGACAUUACAAUCAUUGAUAAGGUGAAAACCUGCAUAGAAAAUGUUAUUCGGUGGAAUGAAGUUGAGGAAAGCAUCUUUAUGCAAAGAGCAAAAUUUGACUGGUUGAGAAUGGGAGAUGGUAACAAUGCUUAUUACUAUGCAACCAUUAAAACUAAACAUCAUAAUAGGAGCAUGAGUAUGUUACAAAAUGUUGAUGGAGAAAUCUUAAUGAGAAGCAGGAUAUUCAUAAUGAAGUGA